AUGGGUUUGAUGAGCUGGUUGUGGGAACAUCAGUUUUUGAUGCACCAGUGUUUUUCACUUCCAUUCGCAUUUCUGUUUUAUUUCCUUGCUCAACGGGGAUAUCUGUCCUUGACAUACAGGUACCUGUAUGUUUGUCUUGGAGGAUGCGUCCUGGCGGUCGUCACGAUGGGCAUCUACAGCUUGCUCCUGUUCACCUCAACUUUCCUCUUUAUCCUGCUUGUUUGCUCUGUGGAUCCUAGCUGUGUCCACGCCUGGGUGUUUGGUGUCCAGAUGUUGUGGCAAACCUUCUGGCACCUGCUUAUACAGUACAGGGAAUACUACCUGCAUGAGCCUGUCAGCAUCAGAUUGUUUCUGGCAGUGUCCUCUUUGAUGCUGCUCACUCAGAGAGUCACCUCUGUGUCCAUGGACCUCCAGGAAAAACAAGUUACACUAACAUUUAAUUCUUCAUCCAAAAAGAAAACCUGCGUGAUGCUUCUCCCUCUUGUCAGCUACAUCCUCAACUUCACCACACUGUUCGGUGGGCCAUUGUGCUCCUACAGCCGAUUUGUGUCCCUAAUGGCGGGAAUCAGCCUCAACCCUCCACCUAGUCCACUGGGUGUUGUCUCCUUAAAGUUGAUGCAGGUGUUAAUGAUGGAGUUAGUAAAGUAUUGUCUUGUCUAUUUCCUGAAACGUAACACCUAUGAUCCCUCCAGCUUUAUCAUUCUCUAUGGCGUCCUGUGGGUUUGGGGUCUGGCGGCAGUUUUGAGGAUCCAAUAUUAUUCUCACUGGAGGGUCAGUGAAUGCCUCAAUAACGCAGCUGGGUUUGGCUUUUGGGAAAAUUCACCAGGAGACUCCCCAGACUGGAGCGGACUAUCCGAUGGAGAUUUCUGGACCAUUGAAGCAUCGAGCCGUAUGUCAGAGUUUGCCCGUCGAUGGAACUCCACGACAGCUUCAUGGCUGCGUAGGCUGGUUUUUACAAGAUGCAAACGUUUCCCAUUGUUCAUGACUUUUAGCUUCUCAGCGUGGUGGCAUGGCUGGCAUUUGGGUCAUUUUGUGGGAAUUCUGACCUGGGCAGCAACCGUGAAAGCAGAUUAUCACAUACACAGGCACCUGGGCCCAAAACUGUCGUCUCCAUGGAGGAAAAUAUACACUUGUAUAAGUUGGAUUAACACUCAAAUGAUUGUGGCUUGUGUUGUUAUAGCAGUAGAAUUAAGAAAUGUGUCUGGUUUGAGACUUUUGUCUGUAACAUACAUAGGUCUGUUUCCACUUUUUAAUGUAAUUCUGAUUUUUAUCUUAUUAAAACUCAACACAAAUUAA